CUUCCGGACAGAGUGACGGUUAUUAUGCAGUAGCAUUUGGGUCGCGGAGGCGUACAUGUGAGAUUACGCACUCCACGUACUCAAUACAUCCACACUCGAGGACUGGACGGGACCAACCUCACAACGUUAAUAGACUUGGCCGCAUACCGCUAAAAGGGUUACUAUGUUGUGGCAUACUUCUAGGGCUAGUUGAUGAGGGCGGGUUAAGUUAUUAACAAGGAUGGCAGUUCAUCAACGUCGCAGCCGCUUUUACAUUUCUUGACUCUCAUCACCCGCCCCUAUUGCGUUCUUAGAAGCCAAGCGUUUCAAUAUUGUAUGUGCCUCUCGUGCCACAAGCAAAGCAACGAUUGAAGAUGAAGCAACACGCGCCGGUAGGAGCCGUAACAGCCGAGCUUCGUUCACGGUCUCCCAACGUGAACACCAAAUCAGACCAGGCCGACGCCGCCGACACCGCCCUAUCACAGCAGUACGGCGGCCGGCACGUUGGAGGCUGGGUCUCACACCUGCCGGCCUCGUGGGUGCCGUUCGUGCAACUGGCGCGGCUCAGCCCACCGGCCGCGCUAGCCCUCAUCUACUUCCCGCACCUGUUCGGCGCCCUCCUCUCCGCCAUCACGUACAACAGCGACUCGAAAUCCGCCACGCAUGGCCCGGCCCCGGCAUUCAUCUUCCUGCGCGCGAGCGCCGUCCUCCUACUCGGCAGCUUCUUCUUCUCCAACGCGGCGCACGCGUGGAACGACCUGAUCGACGCGCCGCUGGACGCGCAGGUUGCGCGCACGCGCAAGCGGCCGAUCCCACGCGGCGCCAUAACACCGCGCGCGGCCUUUGUCUUCGCCGCCACACAAGCCGUCUGCGCCGCUGGUGUUCUGCUGUUCGCGUUUCCGGACCCUGUCGGCGCGGCCUGCUAUGCGCUGCCCAACGUCCUCGCCACCGCGUACUACCCCUGGGCCAAGCGGCAUACGAACCUCGUCCAGCUGGUCCUGGGUUUCUGCCUCGCCUGGGGCAUCGUCGUGGGCUUCACGACGGUGGGCCUCGAGCCUUUUACCUGGCGGCCCUAUUUCGGGCUCGGGGCCGAUGCCCGGCGAGAGGUUGCUGGGGACGGCAAUCCGAUUCCGAGCUUGCGGGUCGACGUGCCGGCCGCGUGCCUGCUCCUCGCGUGCGUCCUGUGGACAACCAUCUACGACACCAUCUACGCGCACCAGGACCGCAAGGACGAUACCAAGCUCGGGAUCCGGAGCAUGGCGGUACUGUACGGCGACCGCACCAAGCCCGUGCUCUGGCUGGCACUGUUCUGCAUGCUGGGCCUGCUAGCCGGGUGCGGCGCCGCGGCCGGCAUGGCGUGGCCGUAUUUUGGCAUCUCGCUGGCCGGGUGCGCCUUGUCGCUGGGCGCCAUGAUCGCCAGUGUCGAGCUGGCCGACGCUGCGAGCUGCUGGUGGUGGUUCCGCUACGGCUUCUGGCUAGCCGGCUCGUCCAUUGCCGGUGGCUUGGCCGUCGAUUCGGUCGAGAUCCGAGUCAAAUAG